GCAACUGGACUGCAGGGGAAGCAAAAUUCGCUUUCGAUGAGACCGAAAAUAUAGGUUACCGAUAAAGGUGUUGUGAGUUGUUCAGUUUCCUUUUCAUUGUACCUCAAGUUUAACGUUGAAACAAAACAACAGAAAAAAUAGAUCCAUCGAUAAUUCGGCAAUUUGUGAAGUGAGUGAAUCCAACAAGCGCUACAAGUUGAAUUUGGAGUGCUCUGGCGUGCCGAAAUAAUGAGCCAUCUAGCGGUAUGGAACGCGCACGAGAUGAAUGGAAAAUGCACGGGCGUUUUGCGAUAAUGGCACUACAGGUACCCUCGCAUUGAUACAACCAGCAGUGGCAGCAGUAUUGGAAAAUAAUUAGCAUCAAUGAAGCCCGCAGUGAAAAUCCGGCAGUGAUGAGGAAAAGCGACUGGCGAGUAUUUUUCUUCAUCUUCUGCAGUGAGCCUUCCGUCGUUGAUUUCUGUUUCGGUUCCAGCUCACGCAUCAUUGAGCGCACUGAUUUCCCUGUGUCUUCUAUCGCGUAUGCCUAUGAAUGAAUGAUCUGCGUGAGGAGGCGUCCACGUUUUUCUGGAACGCACACCCAGCAAAGUGAGGGUAGGCAGCAUUUUGGGGUAGUGGAAAAACGGUGUGCCCGGUUAACGCUCAGAUAAAGUGAAAAUUAAACGGUUGUCGAAGAAAUUAGGCUCCAGCAAAACAGAAGAAGGUUGUUGUUUGAAUACUCAAUUGGCCCCAAAACAGAAAGAGGGCCCCAGAUUUGAACGAAGGAGGAAUCAGACAGAGCUAGCUUAAAACGUAGCAGCGAUGGCUUACGUCGUUUGGCGGGCGCUCGUUAAGCAGUACUCUAAGGUUCGGCUUGGAACGCAGCGUAAUUCGGCGCUGGAUGACGAUGUCCCUCCAACGACUCGUCGAGCCAAAUCCUUCGACGAUAACGCGUGGAAAGCUCAUCACGGGCACAUAUCCUCGAGUAUUUCGGCGGUUUCAUCGGUGGCACUUUCAUCCCGAUCGGGCGAAGAAGAUUCCAUCGCUAUCCAAUCGGAAGCUAGUUCCUUCAGCUGCGACGGAGGAUUGGACGACAUUCUAGUGGUGGUCAGUGAAAGUGACAAAUCCCAUCGACUCCCGUACACCGAUUCUGGAACAUUGGGCCGUGGAGAUUUGAGGAAGUCCAGAUCCAAAAUGAAAAACUAUCUGAAACGAUGCAAGGAAGCUCUGAUCGGCGGCCAACAGCCGGCCGAGGACACUUGUCCGAUUACCCACCAUGAGGCGGUUGUUCAGCACCAGCAUCAAGUCACGGUAUCGGACCAACUGCAGCAAGGUGAAGCUAUUUCAGUUCCAACGGCCAAUUGGUAUUUGGAUGAUACGGUUUGUGAAUUUCGAUCGGAAGAUAAUCGAGAACCGUACUCGUCCCUUGCUGCGGCACGACUUAAGGAACAAUCUGGCCAGGGGACUUCUAGUGGGUUAAAGUUGAGUGAAAAUGGUGAUUCUGGGCAGGAACUUUUGGACGGGGCUGGUGUGUCACGUGGAUCAGAGGCCCGUCCCUUGAUGCUACCGGUCAUGAUGGCUGCUGCCCAGUUGCUGCCGAAUGAUGGCGAUAAUUUAUCACCGAAUGGCAUAGAGAAACUGAUCGAUGAGCACUUGGGGCCUCUGUAUCCCGAUUACGUGGACCACACACGGCCGGUUCUGGUCCGGCAGGCUCGGGAUCUACUUGUGUGUACUUUUCAUGGUGAUCUGCGCCGGUUCGAGGGGGACUUCCUGCAGCCGGCGGCGGAAAUUGUGAGCGGACUUCGGAGCAAAUAUCAACUUGGAAAGGUGAGUCCGUGCUACACGAUGAUGUUUCGGAAUUAUCGGCGGAGAAUCCGGAGCCAAAAAUGGAUCGGAACGAAUUCCUUUGAGAAAAGGUUCACUCUUCAGUCGCCGUGCUCAGUGUACACCGCAGAACUGGCUUCUAUUCAUUGGGCGCUGGAAAGCGUCACAUCCCGGCCUGUUGAACAUUACUACAUUAUAACCGAUAGCCUCAGCUCUAUUGAAGCUAUCCGCUCUAUGCAAAGAAAGCACUCACCGUUCUUCCUAACGAAGAUACGGGAAACAUUGAGUGUUUUAUCCAGACGCUGCUUCUUGAUCACCUUUGUUUGGGUCCCUUCUCAUUGCUCAAUACCGGGCAAUGAGAAGGCCGACUCGCUUGCGAAGGUGGGUGCGAUUGAAGGCGAUAUUUACCAGCGUCAAAUUGCCUUUGAUGAAUUUUACUUCCUAGUGAGGAGAAAUUCCGUUGUCAACUGGCAGCGUAGAUGGAACGAAGAUGAGUUGGGUAAGAGUUCGUUGUUGGCUACCCAGCAGGAAUCAAAAGUCUACCAGACAACACAGUGA